GGAGGAGGAGGAGAGUGGAGAACAGAACGAAGACCAUCCGUGCACAUGUGUUAGGUUUACAUUGCAUUUCAACAUAGACACCUACUGCAUGCCAAGUUACUAUGCAAAGGAGAUCCUGGAUGCGAAAAGGGAGAGAAAUCCCCUUAUCGGUGGUCUCAGCAAUACUAAUAUAGCACGCGCUAAAAUAACUGAUACCGCACAGAAGCAGGGAAACGGAAGGGUGGAGAGAGCCGCGAACUAUGCAGCGAGGAUGAUUUCUGCCAGAAAAACUCCGGAGAAGAGUCGCUAUCACAUUCAUUCUCUGGUGUGGCAUAAUAAACACUGGCAACUGGAGAAAGAGCUUUCGGAGUGUGAGCAGGUAGAUUUAGAAGUGUUGGACCCACGUGGUCGGACUCCUCUCCACCUGGCCGUGACGUUGGGCCACCUAGAUUGCGCCCGUCUGUUACUCCAGCAUGGAGCUGAUGUCAGCAAAGAAAACAGAAAUGGUUGGACAGUGUUGCAGGAAGCCAUCAGCACACGUGACCCAGAGUUGGUACGCCUGGUGCUGCGUUACCGUGACUACCAGCGCACCGCUAAGCGUCUGGCAGGGAUUCCGCGCCUACUGGAGAGACUCCGGCAGGCGCAAGACUUUUAUGUGGAGAUGAAAUGGGAGUUUACGAGCUGGGUUCCAUUAGUGUCUCGUAUCUGUCCGAGUGACACUUAUCGGGUUUGGAAAAGUGGUCAGUGCCUGCGCGUGGAUACGACGCUUAUGGGAUUUGAGCAAAUGACCUGGCAGAGAGGCAAUCGCAGCUUCAUAUUCAGGGGUGAAGACUCCAGUGCCAUGGUAAUGGAAGUGGAUCAUGACAGACAGCUGGUGUUUUGCGAGACGCUGCCAUGCCAGUCUUCCUCCACUUCCUCGCCCUCUUCCCCCUCUUCCAGUGUGUGCACUACCUCUUUGAACCUGUUAGGGGCACUACAGCCCAGCGACGAACAGGUGGCGGCCCGUCUAUCCGCUCCCGUGGUGGCCACACAGCUCGACACCAGGAACAUCUCCUUUGAGAGGAAUAAAACAGGCAUUCUUGGCUGGCGAAGUGAGAAAACUGAGGUGGUGAACGGGUAUGAAGCAAAGGUUUACUGUGCCUCUAACGUAGAGCUGAUCACACGAACACGCACUGACCAUCUCACUGACCAGCACAAAACAAAACAGAAAGGUGGUAAGACACCUCUGCAGUCCUUCCUGGGUAUCGCUGAGCAGCAUGUGGGCCAAAACAACGGACACACUCUGGUGACACAAAUAUCUUUCCCUGCAACAAACCCUUCUGCCCUGACGGCUGAGGAGUACUUUAACCCAAACCUGAGUCAGAGUCAAAGAGACAUCGGCCAGCCCAGUCACCUCACCACCAAAACACAAAGGUUCAAAGCUAAGCUUUGGCUGUGUGAAUCACACCCGUUAUCUUUGGCGGAGCAGGUGGCUCCUAUCAUCGACCUCAUGGCCAUCACCAAUGCCCUGUUUGCUAAGCUUAGGGACUUCAUCACAUUACGCCUGCCCCCUGGAUUCCCUGUCAAGAUAGAAAUUCCCAUCUAUCACAUCCUGAAUGCACGUAUAACCUUUGGGAACCUGAAUGGCUGUGAGGAGGGCGGUUUGCCUCGGGUGGAUGCUGAGGGGGACGGACAGAAGGACAGUCCCAGGACAGAGACCCCGUCUCCAGGCAGUGACUCUUCCAGCGUGUCCAGCUCUAGUUCCACAAACUCAUGUCGUGGAGGAGAGAUCCCACCAUGUGUGUUUGAAGCUCCACGGGGCUACAGCAUGUUAGGAGGAAACCAGAGGCAAAACAUGAGAGAAGAGGAAGAUGAUCUGUUACAGUACGCCAUACAGCAGAGUCUUAUAGAAGCUGGAUCAGAGUACGACCAGGUGACAAUCUGGGAGGCUUUGACCAACAGUAAGCCGGGAACACACACUCUGUCCUGUGACCCCAGCCGCCUCGAAAGAACGCCCCCACACAAACCCAGCCCCAUGGAGAGCCCUCACAGCACACCAACCAAUAAACCAUCACGCAGCUACAACGAGCAGCUGCGUCUAGCCAUGGUACUGUCCACCCAAGAGCAGGAAAAGGUGGAGCUUCGCCAGAGACGAGAUGAAGAGGAACUGCAGCGAAUCAUACAGCUGUCACUCAUGGAGAAGUGACACAACCUGGGACUAAUGUAAAACAAAUGGUGGGAGAGCAUGCCUGGGGAUAUGGAACCAGCAAGGACUGAUUGGCUGUUCUCAAAUGCCCCACCCUCUUCUUACAUUGAACUGGACAGAAGCGGACAGCAACUUCAGGCCAGUCUGGGUCAUUCAGAAUGUUGUCACUCUGCAAGUUUACAACCACAAACUACUAAACUCAUGGCAAUCCUCUAAACGAUCAGGACCAGUUUGGAGCAUGAGGCCAUUCUUCAAAUGUGUGUUUGUGCAUUUAUGUCAGAAAAAGGUUUGUCAGGCUCACUGAGGAAACUACAGGGAAAUUUUUAUUUUUGUCACUUUUUAAUUUUACAUUAUGGAAGCAAAGCGUUUUGGUUUUUAAGGGACAAAGAUCUCUGCACUUGAAGAACAUGUAAGGGCACUUCCACAUUUGGGUCGCAGCAUAUAUAUAUAUAUAUAUAUAUAUAUAUAUAUAUAUAUAUACACUAUAUUGCCAAAAGUAUUCGCUCAUCUGCCUUUAGACGCAUAUGAACUUAAGUGACAUCCCAUUCUUAAUCCAUAGGGUUUAAUAUGACGUCGGCCCACCCUUUGCAGCUAUAACAGCUUCAACUCAUCUGGGAAGGCUUUCCACAAGGUUUAGGAGUGUGUUUAUGGGAAUUUUUGACCAUUCUUCCAGAAGCGCAUUUGUGAGGUCAGACACUGCUGUUGGACGAGAAGGCCUGGCUCGCAGUCUUCGCUCUAAUUCAUCCCAAAGGUGCUCUAUCGGGUUGAGGUCAGGACUCUGUGCAGGCCAGUCAAGUUCUUCCACACCAAACUCGCUCAUCCAUGUAUUUAUGGACCUUGCUUUGUGCACUGGUGCGCAGUCAUGUUGGAACAGGAAGGGGCCAUCCCCAAACUGUUCCCACAAAGUUGGGAGCAUGGAAUUGUCCAAAAUCUCUUGGUAUGCUGAAGCAUUCAGAGUUCCUUUCACUGGAACUAAGGGGCCAAGCCCAGCUCCUGAAAAACAACCCCACACCAUAAUCCCCCCUCCACCAAACUUCACAGUUGGCACAAUGCAGUCAGACAAGUACCGUUCUCCUGGCAACCGCCAAACCCAGACUCGUCCAUCAGAUUGCCAGAUGGAGAAGCGUGAUUCGUCACUCCAGAGAACGCGUCUCCACUGCUCUAGAGUCCAGUGGCGGCGUGCUUUACACCACUGCAUCCGACGCUUUGCAUUGCACUUGGUGAUGUAUGGCUUGGAUGCAGCUGCUCGGCCAUGGAAACCCAUUCCAUGAAGCUCUCUACGCACUGUUCUUGAGCUAAUCUGAAGGCCACAUGAACUUUGGAGGUCUGUAGCGAUUGACUCUGCAGAAAGUUGGCGACCUCUGCGCACUAUGCGCCUCAGCAUCCGCUGACCCCGCUCUGUCAUUUUACAUGGCCUACCACUUCGUGGCUGAGUUGCUGUCAUUCCCAAUCGCUUCCACUUUGUUAUAAUACCACUGACAGUUGACUGUGGAAUAUUUAGUAGUGAGGAAAUUUCACGACUGGACUUGUUGCACAGGUGACAUCCUAUCACAGUACGACGCUGGAAUUCACUGAGCUCCUGAGAGCGGCCCAUUCUUUCACAAAUGUUUGUAGAAGCAGUCUGCAUGCCUAGGUGCUUCAUUUUAUACACCUGUGGCCAUGGAAGUGAUUGGAACACCUGAAUUCAAUUAUUUGGAUGGGUGAGCGAAUACUUUUGGCAAUAUAGUGUAUUUGUUUCUAGCCAGAUUGAUCAUUCGACCAGUGGAGAAAUGAUUGUAUUGGUACAACUGACAGGUAAUAAUAAGAACACUGAAUUAAAAAAAUGCCAUUUAAGGUACACAUCAUUUGUGACUAAAUGAUUCUAUUGAAUCUGAAUCAGAUCCUCAUUGCAAUACUCAUAAUUUGUGUUCUAAAUGCAAUUCUCAGCAAAACUUAUAAUUCACAUACAAUGCAGUGUGUGUGCUCUACUUAAAAUGGUGCCAAGUUAAUCUUUAUUAUCGACUCUUGGAUACGUUAAUCAGUGAACUUGUCUUGACAAGCAUUCAUCAGUCUGUUCAAUAACUCAACAAACAAACAAGUCAUCCUUCUGUUUAAGAUUCUUUCAGUGCUUCCUUCAACAUUACCAUUAGAGCUCAUUGUCCCGAACAGAUUGGUUUCAUGACUGAAACACCUGGGGUAGCUAAUCAAAAAUGUAAUUGUGCUUUCAUAAGGAGUGCCAGUUCUAGAAUAAAACAUCAGAUGAGGAAUCACUCGUAGAGAGAUAAUGCCAUGAGCUAAGACAAAAAAGGGCCUUUUUAUAGGGGGAUCUAAAAAUAGAUGUUUCUCUCGAGUCAGAUUUAGUCUGGGCGUGAGUGACGUGCCCUCAGGGUUUGAGGUAUCAGGUGAAACUGAAAAACUAUUUAGGAAACGGCUAUACUUCACUUCGGAAAAGCACUGACGUAAAAGCACAAGGCAUUAAAGAGAUCGUUCACAUAUGAAUUAGAAUUCUGUCAUCAUUUACUGCCCCCCAUGUUGUUCCAAAUCUGUAUGACUUACUUUCAUCACAAAAGGAGAUGUUAGGCAGAAUGUUAGUUUCAGUCACCAUUUACUUUCACUGCAUCUUUUUUCCAUAUAAUGAAAGUGAAUGGUGACUGAAGCUAACGUUGUACCUAAAAUCUUUUGUGUUCCUCAAAUAAAAGAAAGUCAGAUGGGUUUUUGGACAACAUAAGGGGGGGGGUACUUUUCUACAAAAUGUAAAUUUUUGGGUGAACCAUCUCUUUAGCGGCCAUGAUGUUUUCAAAGGAAAAGUUAAUAAAAGUCUGUCCAGUGGUUUAGCUCCUAGUAAACAAAUAUGUACAUUUGAUUUUAGAGAGAAUUAAUUGUGCGACUUGUGAAUGCCAGGGUUCAGACAUUAAGGGAUGCUUGAUAUGAAUCAAUGUUUUAGGGUAACAUAUUAUAAGAGCAUUAUUUACAUUUAACAAUUUUUUAUAUAUGGACCUGAUUUGGUUGGCGCUGUGGUUUGUGUGGAGUGCUGCUGUAGUGUUUGUAUUUGACUGAAUUAUAUUGUUCACAUUUGUAACUUAAAGGCAUUCUGAAUAAAGGAUAAGAAAUAUAACAUGAACACAAGUUUCAGGUGUUGUGAAUGUGUCAUUACAUUUAAAGGAAUAUUUCACCCCGUAAUGAAAAUGGUCAUUUCCUCACCCUCAUGUUGUUCCAUACCUGUUUCCUUAUUCAUUGGAACACAAAAUGUGAAUUUCUGAAGAAUAGGUGACUAAUCUUUUCCAUAUAAUGAAGGUGAAUGAGGACUAGGGCUGUCAAUUAGGCAUUGCCCCCCUAGAUUUUUCUUGUGCCCUCCCAGUCGGAUGGUGAAACGACCAAGGGGGACCUACACAGUCAGACAAAGAAGGAACCUAUUUCCCACCCUAAAGGUCAAAAUGGCUGUUGUGAAAGUCGUACAAAUUCAUCCCGAGUGCAGUCGUACGAUAUCAUACGAAUUAGCCAAAUUUAGAAAUGAGUCAAAUGAGCCCUUACGAUUUUGCUGUGAGAGUGUGUAGGUUUAAGCACCUUCAUUCCUACGAUUAUUUUUGUAUGUUUUAAGCAUAACUGCGCCUUUUCCAGAAUGAAUCCGCAGUCUGACAGCUUUGACUGUGUGAUGAGCCAACCUCAAUGAAUAUUAUUCAUACGUGUCAGUCUAGACAAGUAUUGUGAGAAGAAUAUUCUAACAUAAUAGUUCACAUGAAAAUUAACUUUUUAUUUUAUUGUAUUUUUUUUCAUGAAUUUUGGACUACAUUUAAAGAAAUGUUGAGUUCAUAGGUCUAUACAAUACAAGCACAAUCUACAGCAUUCAUGGCAUAAUGUUGAUUACAAAAUUUUUUAAUUUGACCUGUCUUUCACUUAUAAAAUAAAAAAUGGGUUCCAGUAAGGCACUUAGAAUGGAAGUGAAUGGGACCUAUCCGUAAACAUUGACACACUCACCAUUUUAAAAAGUAUAGCCCGAAGAUGUAAAAAAUAUGUGUUGUUAACACGAUUUUAGUGUGAUAAAAUUGCUUACUAACCCUUUCUUUGGAAAGUUAUAAUCAAUUUAACAACUUUGUUGCCAUGACAACAUAACAUAUUAAACCCUAAAACUACUGGAGUCGAAAGGAUUCCUUUAUUGUUGUUUUUAUCUGCUUUUUGGAGAUUCAACUACCAUUCACUUGCAUUGAAAUGACCUACAGAGCUGAAAUAUUCUUCUAAAAAUCUUUGUAUUUUGCAGAAGAAAGUCAUACACAUCUGGGGUGGCAUGAGGGUGAGUAAAUGAUAAGAGAAUUUUCAUUUUUGAGUGAACAAAUCCUUUAAGGUAAGUGAUUUUUUUAAACUACUUGCUUCACAUUUCUGCCUUUAAACCCUCAAAAAUUGUCCCCAUUCAAUUCUAUUGUAAGUGCCUCACUGUAACCUCGAUAUUUGCUUUUUUUUUUUUUUUUUUUUUUGUAAAGAAAAUGAGGGAUGAGUCGAAAUAUUUUUGGUGGUAAUCAGCAUUAUGCCACAAAUGCUGUCGAUUGAGCUUAACUUGUAUUGAACCCGGAAUAUUCCUUUAACAGUCUCUCACCAUUUUUAUUUUUUUUUAAAUAGUAAAGCAUUAAGGGUGUGCUUCGCUAAAAACAAGGAAAAAUGUAAAAAAGUAGCAAUAAAAUAGCUAUUAACUCAGCCUUUUGUAAAAUUAUUUUAGAACAUUUGAAGUUGUAUUCCUGCAGUAUGCAUCAUUACUUCAGUCCCUAAAACUUAGCCUGGUUUAAACAUUCCAAUCUAGAUUUGACAACUUUAUUUACAGUGCUGAAACGAAUAAUACAUUUUAAAUGGAUGUGUUUUAAUCUCAAUUAAAGUGAAAAUGCAGUGAACAAGGCAAAGGCAACACUUCAGGAAAGCAUUACAUUAUAUUGCAGUACUGCUCUUUGCCACAUAGCGGCGCUGUUGUUCAACCGACGCAAAUCACGACUGUAGAGAGCAGCUCCCUCUGAAUGAUAAUUCCUCUCGAAAGUUGCAUGCUCUUUGUAAUAAUGUGCCAAUCCUAAGGAUUGAUUAUAUUUUUAAUGCAUCAACCUGUCCACAGAAUGAUUGACUCUGCCAAAAGAAAUGAAAUAAAAUAGUGCAGUUUUAUUACUUUAUAAUCACAGAUAAAGCACAGGAUAAAAAAGUUGAUAUCAAGUUUACCUUGGUUUCAAAGAGAAUCAUGACUCCACAUGCUGUCAGACAUACAUUAAACUCUACCAUUCAAGCCAGUGCAAAAAACUUCUACAUAAAAAUUAUAUUUAAAAAAAUAAUAAAAUAAAACCUUUAAAAAAGAAAAACAAGAGUGUAAAGUGCAUGUUUUAAGAAACAACCCCCUUGUUUUGAGUUUCUACCGGAAAGAUUCUGAACACAAAUCGACAUAUUUUUGCUCUCACGUGCCCUCAUUCAUAGCUACAAUAGCAUACAUCAUCAAAAAUUUAGCUUAGACUUCGCUUAACGAAACUUAAGUGGUUGCAGUCUGAGACAGUUCUUCAUGCCAACAAAUGCGGCAUUUGAAAGUUCAGUAAUCGUCACAUGGUGUUGUACAAAACAGUGACUGUCUUUUUCUUGUCCAUUGC